GGGAGAAAGUCUGACUUCUCAAUGCCACUUGAGAACCACAGCUUUAUCUUGUCAGGCUUCCCAGGCCUGGAAGACAAAGGCGUCUGGGUAGCCAUCCCUUUCUGCUCCCUGUAUGCAGCUGCCAUCUUGGGGAACUGCAUGGUUGUCCUUGUGAUCGUGAUGGUCCCAAGCCUCCACAAACCCAUGUACUUUUUCCUCUCCAUGCUGGCGGUGACGGAACUGGGGGUGUCCAUAUCUACGUUCCCCACAGUGCUGAGUGUCUUCCUGUUGGAUGCCAGAGAGAUUGGGAUGGAUGCCUGCCUGGCCCAGAUGUUCUUCAUCCACUCCUUUUCCGUCAUGGACUCAGGAGUCCUCUGGGCCAUGGCCUUUGACCGCUUCGUAGCCAUCUACACCCCCCUGCAGUAUGCCACCGUCCUGACCAACUCCAGGAUCGCCAUGAUAGGUUUGGGGAUUGCUGUGAGGAGCAUCGUCCUGGUACCCCCCUUACCCAUUCUCCUCAGGAGGCUGCCAUUUUGUAGACCUAACCUGCUAGCUCAUCCCUACUGUUUGCACCCAAAUUUAAUCCGGCUUCCUUGUGCCGACAUCACAGUGAACAGCAGAUAUGGUUUGUUGGUCGUACUCUUCACUUUUGGACUUGAUUUCCUCUUUAUUGUCCUCUCCUACGUUCUGAUAGCCAAGACGGUGCUGGGCCUGGCCUCCAAGGAAGGGCGUCUGAAGGCCCUCAACCCCUGCAUCUCCCACAUCUGUGCCGUGGUUGUGUAUUACACACCCUUGAUCGGCUUAUCCAUUGCACAUCGUUUUGGCAAGCACGCUUCUCCUCUUCUGCACACCCUCAUGGCCCAUAUCUACCUCCUGGUCCCCCCAGUCCUGAACCCCCUCAUCUACAGCAUCAAGACCAGGGAGAUCCGCCACGCCCUCCACCAGUUUUUCUUUCAGAAGUUCUAA